AUGGGAGGAGGUACAGGAUCUGGUUUAGGUACAUAUGUAUUGAAUGUGCUUGAGGAUGAAUUCCCUGAAGUGUACAGGUUUGUCACCUCUGUCUACCCAUCAGCUGAAGAUGAUGUAAUCACAUCACCCUACAACAGUGUUUUAGCCAUGAAGGAGCUUACUGAACAUGCAGACUGUGUGCUUCCCAUUGAAAACCAAUCAUUAGCUGACAUUGUGAACAAAAUUGUCCAGAUGACAAACUCUGGAAAACUUGGAAGUGUAAAGCAAAAUAGUCUUCUAAUUUCCAAUAAAGGUGGUGUAAAAGAAAGUGAGAAACCAUUUGAUGCCAUGAACAACAUUGUAGCAAACCUGCUUUUAAAUCUCACAAGCUCUGCAAGAUUUGAAGGGCAGCUUAAUAUGGAUUUGAAUGAGAUCACCAUGAACUUGGUCCCAUUCCCUCAUUUGCAUUAUUUGACCUCCAGCGUAACUCCUCUUUAUACACUUGCUGAUGUGAAUAUACCUACACGAAGGUUGGACCAAAUGUUCUCUGAUGCCUUUAACAAAGAUCAUCAGUUAAUUCGAGCUGACCCGAAGCAUAAUCUUUACCUUGCCUGUGCUUUGAUGGUGAGAGGAAACGUUCAUAUUUCUGAUGUUCGCAGGAAUAUUGAAAGGCUGAAACCCUCACUACAGUUCGUCUCUUGGAACCAAGAAGGGUGGAAAACUGGGAUGUGUUCUGUCCCACCAGUUGGCCAUUCCCAUUCAUUGUUGGCACUAGCCAAUAACACAUGUGUGAAACCAGCAUUUAUAGACCUCAGAGAGAGGUUUAUUAGGCUGUACAGAAAGAAGGCUCAUCUUCACCAUUACCUACAAGUUGACGGCAUGGAGCAGAGCUGUUUUUCAGAGGCUCUAACAUCAUUAUCCUCAUUAAUAGAAGAGUACAACCAACUGGAUGCCACCAAAGGGUUAUAUAUGCCAAACCCUCCUCGACUUAACAUAGCAGUUUGA